ACAGUUUAAAAAUGUGUUUAUAAAGUAUUCCAAACAGUUGCUAUACAGCAUAAUUAUAAUCAUAUGUACUACAUGCAUAUAAAGAGAGCAAACUAUAUAGGCAUUGCAGUCUCUUUAGAAUCUUUCGUAGCAUCAUUUGUUUCCACGAAGUUUCUAUUCAACUUAUGAGUUAGCCUUGCACUCUUGAAAGCGUUAUAGCUAUUCUACCACACCAAUGCAUGAGCGCAAGAUGAAGCAGCUCCAAGCAAUCUUAUUGCUGACUCUCCACAUCAGCUUAUCAACCUCAACAGACCAGCUGCUCUGCAUAAUGCCUGACUGCAACACCACCACUGCAUGCCCCAACAUGCCCUGUUCCUCCCUCAAUGUUGUCCACUCUAUCAACUCUUCCACAACACUUCUGUUCCUAGAGGGCACCCACUUACUAAUGGAGGACAUAAUCUUGACUGGCCUGGAGAAUGUUUUUUUGAUGGCUUACCAAGGAGCUAUGGUAACAAUACAGUGUGGACCACAGGUUAGGCUGUUAUUUCAGGAUAUGGCUAAUCUGACUAUCAAUGGGAUCGAAUUCAUUGAGUGUGGAGUGCAUAAUGGUGCACCAGGAAUUACAUUCAGCAACCUAAUUGGGAGUAUAGCAAAUAUUCGAGUUACAAACAGUUUUUCUGGAGCUGUGAAUGUAAGCAACAGUUCGAUUAACUUUAUCAAUCUCACAAUCGAUAACAACAGGAUAAACUCCACAAGUAUAACAAGCUUUAGUGUAAUGAAAGUCAUAAAUUCUAACAUAGAAUUUGCUGGUACUACUCUCAUAUCAGGAAAUAAAAUCUUGCAGGGCAAUGAGAUGAAACUCACAUGUGGGAUAGGCACGUAUAAAUACACUGGUAUUACCAGUGAAACAUUCUCUUGCAUCAACAGCACAGUGACAGUGACUGGUACACUAACAGUCAGCAACAACACCAGUCCAUCAGGGACAAUGAACUUUGAGAACAGCGACUUUCAAGCAAAUGGAGUCAGCAAUUUCAAUUGUAACACGGUGUGCCUACAGGGAGCCAUGUCUUUAAUACAAUCAAAUGCAACAUUCUAUGGAGAAACUAACUUUCUGAACAACAGUGGAACUCUUCAGUAUUACCCGGGGCUUAUACCAGUGGGGGCCAUUUCGCUAAGGGACAGCAUCUUACUCAUGAACGGUAGCAUCGAUUUCUCUGGUAACCAAGGUGACAUUGCUACUAUAGAAGCUUAUACCUCGAGCAUAAACAUUCAGGGCAGUUUCAUAAACAGCCAAAACUAUGCAACGUACUCAGGGAUAAUACUAAGAGCAAACACUAACAUGACCGUAAAUGGUAACAUAACUUUCAGAGACAACACUCAAACAAACUCCCUCCUACGAGCAGAAUCAAGCAACUUUUCUAGUUUUGAUGAAAUUCAUUUCACAGGGAACAUUGGCUAUACACCAUGCUAUGGAAAAACAAACUCCUUUUUUAGUUUUAAUGGAGUCACCAUUUUCAAAAAUAACCCGGGAAUAGCAAGGGUUUUUGAUACUACGAUAACAUUUAAUGGAAUAUCAAAUUUCAGUGAAAACAAUAUCCGAGAUUUUACAAUGGGUGGAGCUAUUGCUUUGGUACGAAGUAAGCUUAAUUUGUAUGGGUUCUACUUGUUUGAGAGAAAUAAACUCACAGAUAUUGAGGGAGGAGCAAUUUACAGCGCUCAUGGCUCAAUUACAUUCGAAGGACAUGGGAGGUUUAUAGAAAAUGCAGCUAGAAGAGGUGGGGCAAUGUACUUAAAGAACAACCUAAAGAUGCAGCUAAGGGCACAAACAAAACUGGAAUUUAUUGGUAACUUGGCAACUAGGGGGGGCGCUAUUUUUGUCUACAGUUCAGUGACGAGCAUUGACUGUAUAAUUACAAGGCAUGAAGAAGAUUGCUUUGUUGACUUUAACACAGACGAGGGCAACCAAACAGUUAUAUUUGAAAACAAUACUUCAACAGAAGGAGGGAGCAUACUACAUGUAAAGUUUGUGGAAGAGGUCGAUCUAGUACACCAAUCAAUAAACUCCUCAACUCUAAACACAUUAUCCCAUCUCCCUAAAAAUGGAAACAGUCAACCUUUGAUAGCUUCAGACUCUUUUCAACUUUGUUUCUGUGAUAACAACACUUGUGAUACUAAGGAGAGAAAAAUCGUUGCAAGUAGAGGAGAGAAAAUAACAGUGAGAAUUAAAGCCAUCACUUUAAUUCGGAGUAAAGAUAUGUAUAUACGUGGGUAUCUACAAUCUUCAACACACCAUAGCCACCAAUCACUGGAUGGUGACAUACAGCAUUUAAAGGAAGGCUGCACAGAUUUGGAGUAUAGAGUUCGAUCUGCAGAUUCAGAAGAGUAUGUUAUUAUAUGUGCAGACGAAUCGUGUGAGGAAAUUUCAGACGUUAAAUUGGUUUUGCAUGUGAUAUUCGAAGACUGCCCAUUGGGAUUUGCCAUGAAUUCAAAUAGAACAGAAUGUAUCUGUGAUCAAACCAUACUUAUGAAUUUAACUGAAAAAUGCAACAUUGAUUCAAGAAAGAUAACAAAAACCAAUCAAAACUUUUGGAUUGGAGAACAAGAUAAGGACACAAAUAAAAGCAUGAUUUUCUACUUUUACAAGAAUUGCCCGUUGGAUUAUUGCAUACCUCCACCAGUCGAAGUGCAUCCAUCACUACCAGACACACAAUGUAGGAAUAACCGAUCGGGAAUUCUAUGUGGAGGCUGCAAAGAAAGCACAAGCCUUGUUCUAGGAACCUCGAAGUGUGGAGAAUGCUCAACCAACUACAACAUAUUUCUAAUCAUCCUCUUUGCAAUACUCGGAAUUUUACUAGUAGCUUUCUUAUUUCUAACUCAAUUGACGGUCAGCAGUGGUACUAUCCAUGGACUAAUCCUAUACGCUAGUAUUGUGAACGCUAACUCGGCUGUAUUCGGAUUACAAGACUUAUGCGUACGAGGGAUAACCGUAUUUCUAGAGGGGCUGAACUUGAAUUUUGGAAUUGAAACAUGCUUCUACAUGGGAUUGAAUCAACUACAAUACACAGGAUGGCAAUUUGUGUUCCCGAUAUACCUAUGGCUACUGGUAGGCCUGGUGAUUACAGUCUGCCAUUUUUCUGUGAGGGCCUCAAGAUUUUUGAGCAAUACCAACCCAGUGGCAGUUCUCGCUACCGUCAUAUUUCUAUCAUAUACAAAGCUGCUACAGAACGUAAUUGUCAUUCUUUCAGCUGCCCAACCCGACUACCCUGCCAAUGCAACACAACCGGUAUGGAUUUACGAUGGCAACGUGGUUUUCGGACAGGGAGGUCAUGCCGUACUGAUUGCUGUAGGGCUAUUUGCAUUGAUACUACUCUUCCUCCCUUACACAUUUGUACUCUUAUUUGCACAACAAUUAGAGAAAAAUCGACAUGUUUCAAGGCUACUCAAUCGACUGAGGAUAACACCAUUCAUACAAGCAUACCAGGCACCUUACAAACCAGGUAGCCGCUACUGGGUGGGGCUCUGUCUAUUCCUGAGGUGUAUUAUACUGGUUACCAUAGGGACAAGUGGAAAUGAAAACAACGGUCUCCUAGCAACGAGUUCGGUUUGUAUACUCAUAGUUAGUAUAAUCGGAAUAAGUGGGGGAAUAUACACCAAGCGAUGGCACGAUGCAUUAGAGAUAUCGUACAUCUUAAACUUAGGCUUGUUCACCGUGACAACCUAUCAUCUAAAACUUGCAUAUCAACCAAACGAAAGAGAACAUGUCAUUGCAUAUAUCUCUAUAACCGUUGCCCUCAUAACAUUUAUCGGUGUUGUCACAAAGCAGUGUUACACUCAAAUAACGAAAACACAGUGGUUUGUGAAAGUAAAGAACAAGCUCAUAAGAAACAGGGACACAGACACACAGCUAACAGAUUCUCAGGCAAACAGUUUGAAGAAGGACAGUGUAGUGAUACCAACACAACUGGUGUUCACAGAUAAUACCCAAAUGGAACUAAGAGAACCGAUGUUGGACUACAUCUACUGACUACGAUGCAUGUUAUAGUGUGUGUAGAAACCUCCACAAUUAGUAUUUGAGCUCAUUAAUUAAGGAUAAUAUCUGCACUUGUAUGAAUCUAAACACAAUUUUUAUACACAUGUAAUCACAUAUAUACUGUCUCUAUCAUAGUCACUCACUGUCUCUCUAUACACUAUGCAAACGUCUAAUCACACUAGGAAUCUUCAACACAGUUUAUAGUUCGCCUAUAAGCACACACUAACUAUCACGCGGCCCCUAUUUCAUAUUUCACACUUCACAUUAU